AUGGGGAAAGAUCGGACUGGUGUUAUUGUCGGCCUGUUGCUUUCACUUGCUGGGGUUCCACAUGAGACAAUCGCAGAUGAGUUCAGUCUAAGUGAGGCCCACCUUGAACAUUUGCAACCGAAAAUUGCCGAUAUUGUGAGAUCGAUCGACCCCAGCGAGAAAGACCCCUCGGGGAUAGCAAAGAUGGCGACGGAGUGUAGGAGGGAAUAUAUGGCUUUGACCCUCCAUUUUGUUCACGAAAGAUAUGGUGGAAUUGGCCAAUACGCGCAAGAUCAUUGCGGUUUCUCAGUUGAGGAUAUCGACCGUAUCAGGUAA